AUGGAGAAACAUUCAGCCAGAGAAGGCGUGGAACUUCUGCCACAGGACGUGAUUAUCGAAAUCUUGUUGAAGUUGAAGGUGAAGUCUCUUGUUCGAUGCAAAAGCGUGUGUAAGUCGUGGUUAUCUUUGAUCUCUGAUUCUCAGUUUACAAAAUUGCAUUUUGAUCUCUCUGCUCCAACAGAGAAACUUUUGUUCAUUUCAAUUUGGGGAACAGAUCUUGAACUCCCCUCCAUAGACUUCAAUGCGUCCCUAAACCACGAUUUUAGUUGUGUUCGCUUCGAAGUACCACAUGGAAUUUUUCAUCCUAGAUAUUAUAAAUUUGGAGGUUCUUGUCGAGGAUUUUUAAUUUUGGAAUGUUGGAAUCAUCUAUGCCUAUGGAACCCAUGCACGGGUUUCCACAAACAAGUUUGUCGGUCACCCAUGGAUUCCCUUAAAGAUAAUCCUUAUGAUUUGCUGUUUCAAGGUUUGGGGUAUGACCCAUUAACUGAUGACUACCUAGUGGUUCAACUUUUAAAAAACCUUUACACUAAUGAUAGAAAAGGUGCGGAAGUUUUCUCGAUCAGAGCUAAUAAGUGGAUGGAAAUUGAACCUAUCAAUUUGUCCUUCAAAUCCUGUAGGGAUAAUAAAAGGCCAUGUAGAGUUUUGAAUAAUGCCAUUCAUUGGUUGGGUUGCUGUUUGAAGGAAGAGAUGGAAGUUGUCUUUAUCCUUGGCUUUGAUGUAACAAAAAAGAAGUUUUAUGAGAUAGCUGCGCCAAUUGAUGUUGCGCAUAGCACGGAUGAAAAAGCUUUGAGUGAACUUGCAGGAUUGCUUAGUCUAUGUGUUUAUAAAGAGAGCAAUCGUUCAAUAGAAAUAUGGAGAAUGAAAGAAUACAAAAUAGAAUCAUCUUGGGCCAAGACUAGUGUGGUGUCUCUUGUUGUUCCACGCAGAUUCUUCAACCUACUUUGCGUGACAAAAGAUGGUGAUAUUGUUGGAAAAGAUGAGAAAGAAUUGAUCAAAUAUAAUAAGAAGGGGGAGGUGAAGGAGAAUCUAUCUUUUGCUCGUCUAAAUCUUUCAUCCUUUCAUGUCGAGAUCUAUAAAGAAUCUCUUUUCUCACUUCCUUGUCACAAUGAAUAA